AUGCUUUUAAUUAGAAACAUAUUUCUUUUUAUGGACAGACAGUUGCUCCUCUUAAAUCCUCAAAAUUUGCAGAUUUGGGAUUUAGCGCUUAAACUGUUUCGAGAAGAUGUGAUUACUCGAGAAAAAGUUCAAUCCCGUCUUUUAUGUCAAAUACUGGAAGAAAUACACAAAGAAAGAUAUGGGGAAGCUGUUGAUCGACAGCUUCUGCGUACUGUCAUUAGGAUGUUAGUGGACUUGAAGCUGUAUGAUUCAGUAUUUCUUAAUGAAUUUCUGCGUAAAAGUCAGCAGCUGUAUACCUACGAAGCAGAUUCUUUAUCUAGACAGCUUAGUGUUCCUGAAUACCUACUUCAUGUAGACAAAAGGAUUAUGGAGGAGGAAGACAGAUUAGUUGUAUAUUUAGAUGCCAACUCUACCCGCAGCCUCCUUAUUUCAACGCUAGUUUCAGAAUUGUUAACGCGCCCAUUAGACUAUCUAUUGGAUAAUGGUUUGGUCAAUCCUUUAAAAACUAAACAAACAGCACAGUUAUCGUUAUUCUAUUCCUUAAUUUCAAGAGUUCCAAAUGGUAUUGAUAAACUACGGACGCAUUUCCGUAAUUACAUUAUACAAAUGGGGCGUGAAAUAGUAGAAAACCCACUACAGGACGUUGAAAAGGAUCGUGCUAUGAUUCAGAAUCUACUGGAUUCACGGGACUUCCUUUCAGAAAUUAUAGGAUCAUGCUUCGCUAAUGAUUCCAGUUUUAUGCGAGUUUUGCAAGAAGCGUAUGAAGAGUUUAUCAAUCAACGUCCAAAUAAACCGGCUGAAUUUUUAGCUAAAUAUCUUGAUUCCCACCUUAGAUCAGGAAAUAAAGCUCAAACAGAAGAGGAGUUAGACAAACUAAUGGAUAAAGCUAUGAUUUUGUUCCGUUUCAUUGAUGGAAAGGAUAUAUUUGAAGCAUUUUAUACUAAAGAAUUAGCAAAGCGUCUUCUUCUCAACAAGAGUGCAUCCGUUGAUGCAGAAAAAGCGAUGUUAUCAAAACUAAAACAGGAAUGCGGGCCGAAUUAUACACGCAAAAUGGAAAUUAUGUUCCAAGAUAUUGAAUUAAGUAGACAGUUGAGCAAAAAUUUCCGUUUUUCACUGCCUGACAGUUAUGCGAUUGAAUUAAAUGUGAACGUCAUCUGCCCAGCAUCAUGGCCACCGUAUCCACAAACAACAGCCAAUUAUCCUCCUGAAAUGGUAUCUCUUCGAGAAGAAUUUACUCGCUUCUAUUUAUCGCAUCACCAAGGUCGGAAACUGAUCUAUGAACCAUCAUUAGGAAUGUGUGUUGUAAAAGCGAAAUUCCCAACAACGCCUAACCUCCGCAAAGAAUUACAAGUGUCUGAAUUUCAAGCCUUAGUAUUGCUACAAUUCAACCAAUUAGAUAAUGUGCCAAUCACUUAUGCUACGAUAGCUGAAAAUACAGGUAUUGAAGAAAAAGAAUUGAAACGAACUCUGCUGUCAUUAGCUGCUGGCAAGGGACAGCGUGUAUUAUUAAAAAAUCCAGCCAAUUUGGAAAUUGAAAAUGACCAUGAAUUUAUCUUCAAUACUGAGUUUUGUCAUCGCCUGACACGAAUUAAAUUCAAUCAGAUACAAUUAAAAGAAACUGAACAAGAACAAACGGCUACUGAAGAACGAGUAUUUGCUGAUCGUGUUGCUCAUGUGGAUUGUUGUAUUGUACGCAUUAUGAAAACGCGUAAAACUAUUGAUCACAAUUCAUUGUUAUCAGAGGUCUACAAACAGUUACAGUUUCCGCUUAAAGCAAGUGAUGUGAAGAAACGUAUUGAAAAUUUAAUUGACCGUGAUUAUAUGAAAAGGGAUGCUAGUAAUGCUGCCACGUAUCAUUAUGUCUCUUAG